AUUGGAAUGAGAACUAAAGCGCCAAAAUCUAAUGAGGGAAAGCUGGUGAACGGGAGAGAGACUCUUCGGCUUCGGUCUAAGGGGUCUGCUACAGUUCAGGAAGUGAGUGAAUUCGAAGAACAGGCCACAAGGAAAGUGGAYGAUCUCUUGGAGAGCUAUAUGGGGAUCAGAGACGUGGAGCUGGCCACCACCAUAGUGGAAGCAGGAAAGGACAAGAAGAACCCUGAUGACUUUGCUGAGGCUCUGGAUUCUGUUCUGGGAGAUUUUGCUUUUCCUGAUGUGUUUUUGUUUGAUGUUUGGGGAGCCAUUGGAGAUGUUAAAAAUGGCAGAAUUUAGAUAUUAAUGCCRUUGAGAGUAUUAUCUCUGUUUAUUGGUAAAUCCAGUUGCACAAAAAAAGAAUAUAGUCAUUUUAUUAUUGCUUCCCACGUCCUUGGCUGAUUUUUUUGUCACUUUCUAACAUAAUCACAAGGAUCAUCAUAAAUUCAUCAAUCUUCCUUUGAGCUUUUGAAUGUGCCCCCAGAGGAUCAUCACUGUAACUCAAAUAAAUGCAACACAGAAAACUCAGAAGUACUUUGAAAUUCCUCUCUACUUCAUGUGCAUUCACAUUUUUAUGUUUAUAUCAAGAUCAGAGCUAACAAAAGGUUAAGGCCCCUCCCUCUAACACAUAUGGACCAUCAUAAAAACACUUAAAUUGAGAUCGUAGACAUCUACAAACAACCUGGGAAUCUAAGAAGUUAAAAAACAGUAGUAAGCCAAAAUCCCCCAGUUGAAACCUGCAGGGCACAACAAAACACAAAUGUUUUUGAGUAACUUCAAAGGUAGGCAGUGAUGUGUUUAAAGUCAAUGAGGAAAGGUUACACAUUUUCCGUUUCCCAAAUUGUAAUUGAACUAUUCUGAGAGGAAAGUGUUAGGUYCUUGGUUUCUUGUAGCCAGUUARAYGGCUGGUUUCAGUCUGAGAAGUGGUUCUGGUUCUGCUGAUGCUGGAUUGUUUUCAGCACAUGUACCUAUGUGCUUGGCAAAAUAAAAAAAAGAGCUGCACAAAGAAUGAUUUAUUUACAAAUUAUUUUCUUCCUACAAAUGUUAAACAUCUUUGGACGUAUACCAUGCCUGYAGCAYGUGACUAAAAAGGUCUUGAAAAUAAAGUACCUGCUCAGACAUUAAUCCAACUUAUGGGAAAAAUAUAAUACCAUCCAUCCAUUUUCUAACACCCUUGUCACUUAGUGGGGUCGGGAGGGUUACUGGUGCCUAUCUCCAGCUAACGUUCCGGGCGAGAGGCGUGGUCACCCUGGACAGGUCGCCAGUCUGGGAAAAAUAUAAUACCAAUGGGAAAAUUCCCAGCURAAUGACCCUGCUCUGUGAAACAGAUUAUCCGUCACGAUCAACCAAACAGGAACUCAAUCCUUUACUUCCAGUAACAAAAUGAGGAGAUCAAAGGAGUUUGUGUAUCCAUUUGAUCUUCUGCGCAUGUACAAGAUUUUUGCACUGAUUGUAUAUGGACCGAAAAAUGUAAACAUUCAUGUCUACUCCUAUUAAAAGAACAUGGAUUAACAUGGUCUCUUGAAUUUCCCUAUUUAUGUAGGCUUUAAACACAGAAUACAAAUAUACYGCUAUUGUUUGUUGCAGAGACUAAUUAUACCGUAUCAUGGUUC